UUUUUUUUUUUUAAGAGAUGGGGUUUCAUCCUGUGUAUCAUGCUAACCUCAAACUCCUGAGCUCAAGUGAUCCUGGAGUGCUGGGAUUACUGACAUGAGCUGCCACGCCUGGACAUUCAUGUAUCAUUUUACUUGUGUUUUAAAAAAUCUCCAUUUUCUGGCCUCCCCAUUUUUAAGUAGGUGAUGUUUUAAAAAUUGCUUUAACCUCCCUUCAUAGUUUAACUUAGGCUUUAAUCAUUUACAACAAAUAUUUCUAUCAAAAUGCAGACAAUAAGUCAUGAUUAGAGAAGGAAUCCGUGAACAAUAUAGUAGAUAGUUGUUUUAUUAUUUCAGUCUCUGGCAUAGAGAUAUAGCUCAGUAUUGUUUAAUAUUUUAUUCUUUCAAGAGACAUUUAUUUUAAUCAGAGGAAUCUGGUUAACUUAUAUAAAGAAGAAAAAUGAAUGAGGGAAUUUUAAGAACUAAGGCAAAGAAAGCAAGAAGAUAAGUUUGAGAAUUCAUGUCAGUUACAAUUAAGUUGAAAAUGCAGCAUUUUCUCAAAAUAGUGACAAGUACAUUAAAUUCCUAUUGAUAAAAUCAUUAUUUAAAUUUUGUUAUUAUGAUAGCAGUGAUAUUAUAGGGGUAUAUGAUAAAGACGUAUAUAAUGUCAAGUUUCAGCCACCUUGUCUAAAUGUAGAAAGCAACCACCUAAGAUCCUUUUGAAAAGUUACAAAACUUUGGUGUUUGUGACUGAGAUGGAAACAAUCACCAGCAUGGAUCAAAUCUCUGCUCUCCCCUCAUCUUGUCGACCAUAAAAAUAAUUUCUAAAAGGCACUUGAAAAUGGACAAACUAAAUGACACACUAGCCACCCAAAGUCUCCUAUAUUCUAAAGUGUGUGAUGAGACAAACUGAUUCAAAAUAGCCCUAGGGUGAGAAUUUCCUGUUCAAAUCUGCAGCGACACAUUGGUGAGGAAUCUACUUUUUCCACUCUUGCCUCACUCUGACCCUUCAAAGGGCAGUCUGUGAAGAUCACAGAUAACGUUUGUGUCUUUCAGAGGUAACCUGACCUCUCCACUGAAGGGCGUGUGGCUUUCUGAUGACAGUAGGUAAGUGUUGCUCCUCUCCCUGUUUCUCUACUAGCUCAUCUCAUUUAGUAGAAGAUUGUAAAUACUGGCUGUGAUGCGCCUGAGGUAAAGUUGAUGUAGACGAAAAUCAAGGUAGAACUUUAUUCACGUGAAUAAUUCAAGGUGAAAAACGAGCCAAAAUAUAAACUAUGUUUAAGGAUUUCUUAGAGUAUUCACAUCAUUGCCGGUGGAGAAUCACUCAAGUAGAUGCAUACAUAAUAAUAGGUUUGCCAAUCCAUGUAAUUUAGAGUGAAACCCAUAACCAUCAUGACAAUGAACAAUUAAUUUUGGAUUUUGUAAUCAUUACUGGUUUAAUUGUAUAUUACAUUUAGACCAAACUUUAAAAAUAAAUUUUUAAUAUGGAUACAUCAAAUUGUGAAUGUCAAACAUUAAUUCUCAAUCACACACCUAGAUUUCAUGAAAGCAGUUUUAAUUUUUAAUAAAAAUAAGGAUGAAAUCAUUUCCAUAAAAUGCAAAUCUGACCUUAAUUAUAAACAAUUGGAAGACUUAAAACAAUUGAACCAAACAUUGCAGAAAAGAUGUACCACACUGACAUGAGACGCCUAAUUAAUCAGUUAUUUUAACACACUCUAAUGCAAAUCAGAAAUAAUAAAAUGGCAAUUGUGUUAAAAAUAGUUGAAAUAUCUAUUAUGUAUUCAGUGGUAACAUGUGCCAGGUUGUGUGUUUAGUUUUCUACGUACAUUAUACUUUGUAAAUUAUUUUUCCCAAUGUAGAUUAGUAAACUAGGUUAGUAGACACUAAGUAAUUUAGUACAGGUCACAUAUUACAACUUGCAAAGCUAGAAUUAAUUGUAGUCUCACUGACUACAGAGCUCAUUGACUAGAUUAUUAAAUUACAUUAUCUGAACUAUUACAAUUACUUAUACAACCAAAGCGACCCUCACUGACUUAUACAAUCAUAGGAGCUUUCUGAAAGUUUGAUUGGCCACUAUUCUUCCAUAGAUGGCCCACACGUUUAUUUAUCAUUUUAAGUUUUCCUAUUUUAGUCAUUAAAUCAAUUACCAAUUUCUUGUGUAAAAGCAGCAAUUUAAAACUAUGUUUUCAAUAAUAUUUAUGCAUACAGUAAUGUAAUGUUUUACAAGAUAUAUUUUUAAAAUUUUAAUGAUUUUUCUGAUUUCCUAAUUUAGAAAAAAAAUCAUUUGACAAUACCUCACGUCCUUUUAAUAAAUGAAUGUAAGUCACUAACAAUGUAUUUUAGUAUAAGAAGUUACUCUAUAUGCUGACAGAACUAUUUUAUCUUAUGGCACACAAUCCUUAACCAUCAAUGACUCUUAAAACUAUGAUAAAAUUUGUGUAUUUCUAAAUACAGUAUUUUGAUUGUUGACAUAUGCAGUCUAUUGGUGUUAAACAUUUUUGAAGAAUCUAACCUUAAUUUAAUACCAAUUUUUCAUGAACUUCCUAGUUCUCACAAGUUUAAUGUUUUUAUUGUUCCCACUAGUAAUAUUAUGUCAAAUACAGAAUACAUCUAAAAAAUUGCCAAUUAUAUCAUGUGAUUUUUGUUUAAAGCUUUAGGAAAUUAGUAGCAGAAUUUUACAUUGGUUAACAGCAAAGUAAACAUUAUUACUCAGCCCCAACACAUGCACAUUGCCUAUACCAGGGAUCCUGUCAAAAUAUACACCAUUUAUAGCUUCUUAAGUGCAGUUAUCAUAGAGCACAGUCCCUCACAUCACACAGCUGCAGAGAUGAAUAAACAAAGAGGAACUUUCUCAGAAGUGAGUCUGGCCCAGGACCCAAAGCGGCAGCAAAGGAAACCUAAAGGCAAUAAAAGCUCCAUUUCAGCAACCGAACAGGAAAUAUUCCAAGUAGAAUUAAACCUUCAAAAUGCUUCUCUGAAUCAUCAAGGGAUUGAUAAAAUAUAUGACUGCCAAGGUUUACUGCCACCUCCAGAGAAGCUCACUGCUAAGAUGCUGGGAAUCAUUUGCAUUGUCCUGAUGUCUGCUGUGUUAAAAACGAUAGUUCUUAUUCCUUUCCUGGAGCAGAACAAUUCUUCCCCAAAUACAAGAACCCAGAAAGCACGUCCUUGUGGCCAUUGUCCUGAGGAGUGGAUUACAUAUUCCAACAGUUGUUAUUACAUUGGUAAGGAAAGAAGAACUUGGGAAGAGAGUUUGCAGGCCUGUGCUUCAAAGAACUCUUCUAGUCUGCUUUCUAUAGAUAAUGAAGAAGAAAUGAAAUUUCUGGCCAGCAUUUUACCGUCCUCAUGGAUUGGUGUGUUUUGUAACAGCAGUCAUCAUCCGUGGGUGACAAUAAAUGGUUUGGCUUUCAAACAUGAGAUAAAAGACUCAGAUCAUGCUGAACGUAACUGUGCAAUGCUACAUGUACGUGGACUUAUAUCAGACCAGUGUGGUUCUUCAAGAAUCAUUGUGAGCAUAAGCUUUAGAAUUAAAGCGCUUGAGCUUGCAGUGCAUCAGAUAAAAUUUUAUAUUUGUUCAAAUAGAAAUGAUAUUAUGAUUGCAUAAACCUUAAAAUGAAUUGUGUUAUUUGCUCUAAUAAUAAGAAAAUUCCAAAUCAAUUAUUGAAAUAUAAUACACACAAUUACGGAAGUACAGAUACCCUCGCAUUUAAGUCAGGCUCAUUUUGCUGAACGUGAUGUUUGUGGCAUUCAGGCUUCCUAAAAGUUGCAUGUUUUGUUGGUCAGUUUAUAUGAAGUAUCAAGAACAAGCAAAACCAUGGAGACAGAAAAUAAAAUAGCGUUGCUAAUGCCUAAGGGAGGUUGAAAUAGGAGGUGUCCACUAAUUGCUAGAAUGUUUCUUUGUGUCAGUGAUGAAAACUUUCUAAAUUUCAGUAGCAGUGAUGGUUGUAACUCUGUGAAUAUACUAAACAUCACUGAUUUUUAAUUAUUUUAAGUGGAUGAAAUUUAUGCUAUGUGCACCAUACCUCAGUAAAGCUGUCC